AUGACUACGUUACAAAGCAAAGUCGACGCUGUUAAGGCGGCGGCUGGGUCGACUGCAACAUGCACAUCAACAACCACAGUGCUCCUCAAAGAACUUCUCGCAACUGAGGCCGAGGCGCAAUCGACAGCGCAGAAGAAGAAAGUGGCGACGACGACACGAGGGAAGACCAUUGGCACAGCACGGGGGGCCGCGACUGCGAGCAAAAAGGAGGAACUGACACCAAAGGAGAAGGCCGCGCUGGCGGCGCACAUAAUCAAUGUCGCCCUCAAAUCACUCACCGAGGCAUCCAAGCCUGCGCCCCCCGCCCAACCUUCGACCCCGUGCCGACGACAAAAUUCAGGCGAUGACCUACGAAAGCCUCAGAAUAAACGGCCCCUGAGGCGGUCCAACUCCAUGCCCAUGACCCCGAUGCAGCCACGUUCACUCAACAGAACUUCGACGUCACCCACAACAACACCGAAGCCCACGAAAAGCACGACAACGACGAUUCCCACAGUCACUUGCCUUGCGACGGUAGAGUGCCUCCGAGCUGCGUUUGCGUGCUUGAGAUCCCUCCAUACCUCUGGCGCAGUGCAGCUGCCCGACCUGCAACUCGAGAGCGGGAUAUCUUCCUUUGUUGGCAAGCUCGUCGGACUAGACCUCCAGGAGCAUGCGCUGCGGGAGUUGACGCUUUUGAGGCAAAGAAUCGACGCAAUGGCUCCUUCAGCAAAACCAAAGACGAAAGCAGCUAGAACAACAGCGGCAAGCACCAAAGUCAGAGGUCUCGCAGAAAUCUUGGACUUUGGUGAUGCCAAGUUCUCCGGCCCGACCCUUGGCCUGGUAAUCACGACUCAGACGCAGAUCCUGCGCUUAAUGUCUGCGAAUAAGAAACCAGCAACGAUCGAAGCAGCAUUGCCAUACUUGGUCCCUACCCAUCCGACUUCACCGAUCAACCUCCUCCUAGAAUCAGCCAAGGAGUCCGCCUCAGCGAAGACGAAGGCUGCGCGACAACUCGAUCUCCUUUCACAACUUCUCCUCUCUCUAGCCCCGAGCUUGGCAAGCAAAGACGAUGACGUUGCCGUGGACUGCCGUCUGAGUUGCGCCCCGGCUACUGCGCUGGAAUUACAAACCCUGGGAUUGGAGGCGCGUCUGCAUUGGUGGCACAUGGCUGGCCACAAGGCAGAUGUGGACAAAGACAUCAUUUCACCACUUUCCCGGUGCAUCACCUCGUACAUUCGCAGAGUCAAGUCUGACUCAGCCGGGGCAUAUCGCAAGUCUCUCAACGCUUUCGAUCGCAUCAUCACCAUGGUCAAGAGUCAGCGCCUGGAGCCGAUAGUCGCUUCGAAAUCACCACUCGUUGUGAUUUAUCAAGCUCUGGGAACGGUGGCCCAGACUGCUCGCCAUUUCACGGAAGCCGCCGAAUGGAUUUCGAAAAUCAAGGCGACUCUGGACCCAGCCAGCGAUUCCCCCGCAAAGCGCUGCGCGGUUGCCGCACAGCUUGUAGCUGUAUACGGGAAACAGACACCUUUACCUCUGGAGUCGCUGUCUACGUACUUGAAGGAAGUUUACGACGCCCUCCAAGGGACGCUGAAGGGUGACGUCACAGAACUCGAGGAGCUCAUGGUCAAUCUAUCAGCUGCUCGUAGGUCGGCAGUAGGAAUUUUGGCUGGCAAACUUACGGAUAAGUCUCAAAAAUUAGACGAACUUCUCAACGACCUCGUCCUCCAAUUUCCUCGAUUUGCCCUUCGAUGGUUGGGGAAGCAGCCGACGAAAGACGCUUCCCCAAAAGAUCACGUACGCUACGAGUCGAGGAAACAGUUAUUACUUACUUCGAUAACACAAAUCCUGGACUCGGCCCUGAUGAUCGCCAAAUCUCAACUUGACGACAACAAAAUGACCUGGACAGUGCUUGACGGCCUACUUCAAGAGUGCCUCAUUCUCUUGGACAUGAUAGGCGACGCAAGUAUCGCACUCUCGAAGGCAGACGCCUCAAGCCUCUACCACGUCAAACUCUCGCACCUCUACUUCAUGUUCUUCAACUGGUAUCGUCGCAACGCCGAGUCUAAACCCGGAGAUAAGACUCCUCUUCGAGCUCUGAGACGAUCUGUAGACUGUGUCAAGGAUCGUUCCUCUGAGGAGAAGGAGAAGGCGCAGACAACAGCGAAACUCGAGUACUUUGCGGACCUCUGUAAGCAGGCUGGUCGAGUCAACGAUGCUCGCGACGCACUGAAGCUCAUUUGCACGAACAUGGUUGAAGAUGGAGUUUUGUCCACGGUGGCUGCAUCUUUGGCUGAGAGUUCACCUGCAGUGGCUUGGAGCGCCAGCGUCAAGGCCGAGACAUUGUCAAGGACAAUAGGUACAAUGGUCAAGCUCGAUCAAUCCUGGAAUGAUUGGACUUUCUUCCUUGCGGAUGUUGAGCGGGCUGCGGUCCUGGAGCGCAUCAUUCAACUCAUCCUCUUCAACUCGUCUAGCGACCCCAAGCCUGACGACAUCAAGGACCCGGUUACCGAGGCUCUUUUGAGAAUCUAUGCGCCCGAUCGCUUUCCCGUCCGCCGCCUUCGGACGUUGCUGCAGCUACUCACCAUGUCAAUCGGCGACAAAGGUGAAUUUCAGAGCCUUCGAGAGCAGGCAGAGGCUGCUUUGCAGCUCUGUCGUGACCAGAACUUUGGCGAUGACGCUAGCCUAGCUGAGUACGUCUCCGAUCUCGAGGCCGGUCUCUCGUCUACACUGGCUCUCGUCGCAACAGAGGCAGAGUGGCGCACAGCCGACUUCGAAGAGUCAACGAGUAUCUGGCGUUCGAUUGUCAACCAGUGCCAGACCAAGGAUGACCUCCUAUCCAAGGUUAGCGACACUGAGGGACUCAUCAGGCAGCUCAAUUCCAUUGCCGAGUACGCAAGACUCAGGGGCGAGGACGAAUUCUUAUUAUCUGUUUUGACAUUAUGUGCCGACAUCGCGUCCAAGCUCUCCGAUUCCUCCACGGACUUGCUUCUCCAGGCGCAAAGUAACCUCGCGGAUCAAUACACACAUCUUGGUUACUCCGAAAAGGCCGAAGAGAUCCUCAAUAAAGCCAAGAAACUCGCAGAGGCCACAGCUACCAAUCCCGACCUUGGUGCCGUAAACCUUCAGAUCUCCCUCUCUGAGUAUCAGCUGGCAAACCAGAACUCUGACGCGGCCCACAAGAUGCUGCUGCAGGGCGAGAUCAGCUUUGAAAACUCUUCCAGUGUGAGGAAGGCUCCUAGGCUCCAAAGAAAGUUGCUUUUGGCCAGAGCUGCCAGUCUUUCUUCCCGAAUCAACUGGGACAAGGGUGAAUAUCAACAUGCUUUGUUCCACGCCAAGACGAGCGUGCGAAUCUUGUUCCAGGACUGGACAAAACUAGAGGCUCGCUGGAAAGAUGCGCCCAAGGCAGAGUCCAAGCAGACCUCUAGAGAAGGUUCUCCUGAUGCGGAGGAAAGCCUUGUAUCGACUGGCAUUUCGACAAAUCUGAUCGAGCUAUCCGACGGUCCUGACAGCUGGGCACUUGCUUGUGGUCUUCUGAGAGCCAUGCUGCACCUUUCUUCCGUAUACGCUCACUUGGGAAUGUUUCAAGAGACUGUCUAUUAUGCCGAAAAGGCGCACCAGGUUGCCAACGCCACAAACGCCUCCAUCUACAGAGCUCAGGCUGCUAGUUGGAUCGGUUCGGUAUGGCUGAAGGCCUGCAAACUCGAUAAGAGCCUUGGCUACUUGAAUGAAGCAAGGCAGCUCAUGGCCACGGCUGUUAAGCCGACACGUCAAGCGUUCCAGCUGGCUUGCGAGCUCAGUGCUUCGUUUGGAGAGAUGAAGGACCAUGAGAACGAGAAUCUACUCCUUGAGCUUGCCGAGGUCACGCUUGGCACCCUUAACAACAGCAACCGAGGCGCAAUCACUGGCGUCAACGAUGAGCAGGUGGUCAGUAAGAUGGCAAAGCUCACGCUCAAGGCACCGGCUGCGCGCAGAACACGAGUGACUAAGCCAGCGGUCCCAGCAACCACGAGAGCGACCAGAGUUACGAAAAGAGUGGCAGCGCCCAAGACAAAAGCUGCUGCUGCUGCUGCUCCAAAGGCCGCUAUCGUUGCAGCAAACGAUAGCGCAUCCGACCUCAAAGCCUCCAUGCUGUUGUACAAAGCACUUGUCCACCUUAGUAAGGGUGACUGGGCUGCAGCAGCAGAACUUCUCGAGGAGGCGAAGCAGAUGUCUAGCAGCUUGCGAGAGUCUUUGCGAGUCCAGAUUGGUGAGGCUACUUGUUUGAUUGAACAGGGUAUCAAGCAGAUGGAGGGCGAUUCGGUCUUCUCGGUUGUGAAGGAAUCAACCAUCUCUUACCCGUCCAUCCACGCCGCAACCGACAAAAAUAACACGGAAAAGACGCAACCGACGGCAUCCUCUCCGCGAAAGGCGCAAGGCCGUGCUACCUCUGCCGAGCGUAAGGUGAUGAGAGAAAACGCAACCUUUGUCGAAACUUUGGAACAAGCGCAAGCUCAGCUCAUGGAAGCUCAAGCUGCCGCUGCUAUUUCAGGAAACGGACACCUGGUUCAUCGCAUCUCUGCGUUGCUUCAGAGCACGGGCAUUUUCCUAUCGGCAGCCUCUCAUCAGACGCCCAAACACAUGGGAGGCUUUGGAUAUGCCGCCUGCUCCGUCGAGUUUGCACGAAAUCUGACUUGGAAACGGGAGCGAAACACCGUGGCCACGGAUCACCUCAAUGCCAGCUUCAGCGAGGCGGGCUGGCCACUUCCUCUCACGUUGAAGGAUGAUAGACGGGCAAGCAUUGUUACUGUUGACGAUAUGGCGAAAUUCCAGCGUGACUACAUCGACAUCAUUCCUGAAGCGUGGAGUGUCCUGUCGAUCGCGCUAAGCGACAACCGCAAGGAUUUGUGCAUCACCAAGUUACAGUCAGGCCAGAGCCCUUUCGUCUUGCGACUACCGCUCGAGCGUGUGGCUUCUCGCGACGGCGAGGACGAGCUUUUCGACUUCCAGCAUGGAUACGACGAGCUUAUGGAUAUUAUCCAGGCGACUAACGCGAGUUGCCACAACACUGGUGACUACACUGCAAAGGGGGCCAAAUCAGCAUGGUGGGCUCAGCGCGAGAAUCUGGACAACAGAUUCAAGGAUCUCCUCGACAAUGUCGAGCAGGUCUGGCUGGGUGGGUUCAAGGGCAUCUUCUCCCAACAUCGUCAUCGCGCCGACCUCAUCGCCAAGUUCCAAAAGGCCUUUUCCAAGAUUCUUGACAAGCAUCUGCCCUCGCGCAGGCAGGUCCGAGGAAAAAAGACUAGCAAGUCCCCCAAGAUUACCUUGGAGCCGCGUAUCCUCGAUCUUUUCGUUGGCUUGGGAGACCCGUCUAUGCCGGACAGCGAUCUUGAGGAGCCUCUGAACGAUCUUCUCUACUUUGUCGUGGAUAUUCUUCAGUUCCACGGCGAGAGAAAUGCCUACGAUGAGAUUGACUUUGACUCCAUGGUCUUGGAUACGUUUGAUGCUCUUCAGGCGUACCAUAACGCUGCCAAGACUUCGGAGCCCGAGGAAGGCGCCCACAGCAUUCUCAUCCUCGACAAGGCUCUCCAUGCCUUCCCUUGGGAAUCACUCCCAUGCACGGAGGGUCUGGCGUAUUCUCGCGUUCCCUCAUUGUCCUGUCUGCGUCGACUACUUCUAGAGCAGCGCGAGGCCCGAGAUCCUGAUGAUGAAAAGGUCCACCACCGACACACGGUAUCACCUGUCGGUGGCACGUACAUUCUGAACCCCGGCUCUGAUCUCAAGAACACUCUCGCCACUUUCGAAAAGCCCCUCAAGGAGAAGUUGGGCGAGUCCUGGACAGGCAUCGUCUCGCGUACACCGACCGAGGACGAGUUCGAGGGAGCGCUCAAGAAGUCUGACAUACUCCUCUACUUUGGUCACGGCAGCGGCGCGCAGUACAUUCGAGGCAAGACAAUCCGAAGACUGGAGAAGUGCAAGGCUGCGGCGCUGUUGAUGGGGUGUAGCUCGGCGUCCCUGCAGAACGUCGGCGAGUACGAGUGCCACGGUCCAGUAUGGAACUACAUGCUCGCCGGGUGUCCCGCCGUUGUGGGCACUUUGUGGGACGUGACGGAUAGGGACAUUGACCGGUAUGCGGGCCGGUUGUUCGAAGAAUGGGGACUGAUGGAAAGGGGCACGUUUGUUGAGGACAGCUCGAAGAAGAAGGGCAAGGGCAAGGGGCUUUUUGCUACGGAGAAGAAGACCAAGGCGAAGAAGGAGACGACAAAGGCUACCGGGCGUGGGAACGCGUCGCUCGUGGAGGCUGUCGCCAGAGCUAGGGACGCCUGUCGGUUUAGGUACAUCACGGCUGGCGCGGUAUGUGUAUACGGUAUUCCGGUGUAUAUUGGCAAGGACAAGGCCGAGGGUGCUUGA